UUCAUUUUCCUUCUUCUUUGCUGAUCUGCUUCUACUUUCUUUUCUUUCUCGUGAACCAAACAGAAAAUUCCCGAGAAAAAAAACCCCUUAAAACUGAUGUUAAUUUAUAUAAAUUAGUGUUGAGGAUCUAAUUUCUAAACGAGCGAGCGAAACAAAGAGGGGAGAGGAAUUGAGGAAUUGUUGAGAGAUACAAUUGAAGAGAUUGGAGAAAGUUCUUGCUGGUUCUGAUAACCAAUAGUGAAGAUUUCUUUUAUUUCGUUGAAGUUUCUGAGAAUCUAUACAUUUGGAAGAUAACUGAGCUGAUUUUGGAGAAAUUUUGGACUGAAUUCAUCUGCGGAUAGGCAGAUCAAUUGUUAACAUAUUCAAAGGAUCAGAAUGAGUCUGGAGAAUAGGCUACAAAUGCCAUUAUUCUUUGAAAUCUAAAGUAACCUUGUGUUUAUACCCUUAAGACUGAAGCAAAGUUGUAACGGCUAAGGCUGAGUGAUUUCCAGGUGUGCACAAAAGAAUGGAGAAGGACUCGUUAAGAAGCAACAAUAACAAUGGUAUCGGCAAUAGCACCAACUACUGCAGAGAUAGAACCGCCGGAACCGGAGUCGACGGCGGACUGUUAAGAUCCAGCUCGGAUCCGGCCAAGCAAACGGCAUCUUCUUCUGAUUUCGUUUUGCAAUGGGGAAAUCGGAAACGCCUGCGGUGUAUGAAGAUCCAGGUCAAAGACGAUCAGUCCGGACCGGUCAAUCGAACCACGGUUCGAGUCGACCGCCGAGUCGUGAGGGCUGACAAGGACUCUUCGAAUCAGCCGAGCAAUAAUAAUCACGGGAACGGGUAUUUUAACCUCCGUCAACGGCCCCCUUCCCCUCAAGCUCCGCCACCUCAGCGCGUUCUCAGGAACUCUGAGAAUUCCGGUGCUAUGAGAAGCCAAAGCAGCGGAGCUGUAAGGGGAUUCGCUUCACCGGAUAGGGGUGCGCACGAUAAGAGAGUGGGCGGUAACCACAAUAACAAUAACCACCACCACCGUAGCAGCAGCCACAACAAAUCAGCGGCGUAUUCUGACAUGGCUCACGAUAGCAAAAAGGGAGGCUCCUCUUCGGGAAGCGGCGAGGCGACAGCUGCGGCGGCUCCGCCCAUCGUUUGGCCGCCGAAAUUCGUGAUUGCUUUGACGAAUAAAGAGAAGGAAGAGGAUUUCAUGGCCAUCAAAGGAUCUAAGCUGCCACAGAGACCCAAAAAACGAGCGAAAUUUAUUCAACGGACGCUCAACUUGGUAAGUCCGGGGCGUGGCUAUGUGAUCUAACCCUUGAUCGAUACGAGGUCAGGAGAAGAAGAUCUCAAAGAAGAGACCAAGAGGAUUGAAGGCAAUGGGAAAUACUAACAUGGAAUCGGAUUCGGAAUAAAAAGGCGAGUCGAGUUCGAAUAUUGUCCGAAGAAACGUCGAAGGUAAGUCGGUGAUUUUUUGUAGGAGGUGGGGAAAGGAUUCGAAGUGGUGUAAAUGAAGACCCUUUUUCAUCAUCGAGGUGAAAAAAUGGAAACAAAAAAAAAAGUAAAAAUUAGCCCAAAUC